AUGGACAAGGGCAAAGCCGCGAUGGAGAACAUGAAAAACCUCAAAAUGCCUCCUGGCAGUAAGGGACCAGCGACAGCUCUGGUUAAAGUCGCUGUGGCCACGGGCGCCGCUGUCUAUGGCGCGUACCUUUCCAUUUAUAACGUACCCCCUGGCCACCGUGCUGUAGUCUACAGCCGGAUUGACGGCGUGGGGCAGCAGGUGAUUGAGCAGGGCACGCAUUUCCUUAUACCUUGGCUCCAGCGUCCACUCAUUAUGGACGUUCGCACGCGUCCACGCACGUACGCGUCACUCACGGGCACGAAGGACCUGCAGAUGAUCAACAUCUCGAUCCGUGUGCUCUCGAAGCCGGACCGUGCUCGUCUGCAGUGGCUGUACCAGAAUUUGGGCAUGGAUUUCGACGACAAGGUGUUGCCGUCGAUCGUGAAUGAAGUGACGAAACAAGUGGUUGCGCAGUUCACAGCUGCUGAACUCAUUUUCCAGCGUGACCACGUGAGCCGUCUCAUCAUUGAGAACCUGAAACGGCGUGCCGAUCGGUUUGCGAUCAUGCUGGAGGAUGUGUCGAUCAUCCAUUUGACGUUUGGCUCCGAGUACACGGCUGCUAUUGAAGCCAAGCAAGUGGCGCAGCAAGAUGCUGAGCGCGCUCGAUUUGUUGUGGAGCGUGCGAUCCAAGAGAAAAAGAGCACGGUCAUUCGCGCUCUUGGUGUCGCCAAGUCGGCGGAGCUAGUCGGUGAGGCCAUUCAGAAAAACCCAGCCUUUGUGCAGUUGCGUCGUCUGGACGCUGCAAAGGAGAUUGCCACUGUCAUUUCGCGCUCGGCCAAUAAGGUGUACUUGACCUCGGACUCGCUGCUGCUCAACAUCCUGCACGACACGGAUCAGUCUUCGUUCAGCAAGAAGAAAUAA